AUGAAUUGUAUGGAUUAGUUGAGAACAUGUAAUCAUGUGGUCAACACUUUAGCAGCGCACUCGACUAUUCUGUAUAUACGGAGAAAAACGGAAAAAGAAAGUGAGAAAGUAGUGGAGAGAAAUUGAAACUACAUCGACAGAGCUGUUAGUGAAGUGGAAGGUUAUAAACAAACCUCAUGGAGUUGCAAGUAAAUGACAAACCUCGCCUCAGAACUAAUGAAAAGAAAUAUGACGUCUGUACCUUUGAAUUUAAAGCAGUAACAUGCUCGUCCGGUGUGAGCUCGUCUAUAUCACAGAAAACAGAUGUCAUAAACCAAAUAGUCAUGCCAUUAGUGUUGUUGAUGACAAUGCCCAAUUUUGUAAUAGUCUUAUGGUACACUGUCAUACAUUGUAAUGGAAGUUAUCUUAAAAUGCUGUCUGUUUUUACCGAGAAGUCUGUCUUCUCUGGUAUGUCUUACAUAUGGAGUAUGGCCAGAAGCCCGUCUCCUGUAAUCAUUUGGUCUCUAGUCUUGUAUGGCGUGUAUGCCCUGGCUAUGAUGAAAUUAUUACCUGGCCAGAUAGUCUUUGGACCUGUAACACCGAAAGGGAAUGUUCCAGUCUAUAAAGACAAUGGCUUCCUAUUUUUUGUUCUAACCAUGAUAUUGUUUUGGACAUUGACUCUACUCCUGCGUCCUUUUGGAAUCUCACCAUCAAUGUAUUACGACAAAUUUGAUGAGAUGAUUGUUGCCUUAAAUGUCUGCAGUUUACUUUUCUGUUUCGCUCUGUACCUCAAAGGAAAACUGGCCCCAUCGACUACUGACUCUGGAUCAUCAGGGAACAUAAUAUUUGAUUACUACUGGGGCAUGGAACUGUAUCCUCGAAUAUUUGGUUUUGAUGUGAAAGUUUUCAUCAUCUGCAGAUUUGGCUUGAUGAUUUGGGCUUUGAUGGUUUGUAUUUACGCCGUGAAAAGUUAUGAGCUUCAUGGGUUUGUUGAUUCAAUUUUUGUUUCGGCAUUGCUGCAGAUUGUUUAUCUGACCAGGUCCUUUUGGUGGGAAGCCGGCUAUCUCGCUACUACAGACAUUAUAGUAGACAGGGCUGGGUUUUAUCUAUGCUGGGGUUGCAUGGUUUACGUACCUGUGCUUUACACGUUAGUUACAUUUUAUCUGGUCACACACCCAGAACAUUUAGGCUUGCCAGUUAGUGCCGUAUUGAUUCUUGCUGGCCUGCUCAGUCUCUAUAUCAAUUAUGAAGCUGACUUACAAAAACAAAAAGUUCGCAAGACAAAUGGAGAGUGUUUGAUUUGGGGACAGAAGCCACACAUCAUUCGUGCCAAGUAUCAGCUAGAGACUGGUGAAACUAAAGAGAAUAUUCUGUUGGCCUCGGGGUGGUGGGCUGUCUCCAGACACCUCCAUUACAUUCCAGAAGUAAUUAUCACAUUAAUGUGGUCUUUUCCCGCAAGGUUUGAGAAUCUUCUGCCUUAUUCUCACAUCUUUUUUCUUCUCAUACUUCUAAUACAUCGAAGUUUUCGAGAUGAUCUAAAGUGUCGUCAAAAAUACGGAACAUACUGGAGGCAGUAUUGUGAGAAAGUACGCUAUAGAAUAGUGCCUCAUUUGUUCUAGAAGAUAAUACCUAAAAACAUAAAUAAGAAAGUAAAGUUGUAUAUUUUCUUUUAUAUUUGAAUUACAUUUGUCAGCAUCAUCGCACAGUUCAACUUUAAUUGGUUCUUCUCUCGCUAAUUGAUUCGUUUGACUGUGCUCCAAGAUCCACCUCCGCAAUACUCUCCACGGCGAUCUACGUGUGCGAUGCUUGGAAGUUUCCACACAGGUCUACAAGAGGCUAAACGUGUCUCAGCAGAGUUGAAUGAGAAAGGUCCUAGAUAUAGUAUACCAAGAUCAUGUCUUCAAUAGAGAAAUCAUUUCCAGCACUCGCCCCUUAAGUUGUGAAAGAACGUCGGUAGAGAUUCACUGAGCAUAUUCUUAGACAAAACACGUUCACCAGAGACAGUCAUAACACGAAAGCAAAAAAGAGGAACGCGAUAACAGCGCCGUCCACGUAUAACAUGGCGUCGCAAUUUAUUAGAAGAACUCAAAUCUAUAAGUACUAGCUGGAAGGAGGCUGUAGGGUUCGCAACUGACCGAUCUCUGUGGAGAGUUCGCCACUGACCGAUC